AUGUAUGAUACUGGUGUCAACCCUGGGCCUAUCUGUGCUGUGCGGCACAUCUCAGGAAGGCAGGUCGAGAAGGCUCACGAAUUGGCGUCGAGGGGACAGCAAGAGCUUUAUGACAUCUCGGAUAGGGAAACGACAGUGUUUCGAUCCUGUGUCUCCUGCGAUGAACACUUUGCGGCAGUCGAGGUCGAUAUUUUGCCGACUUGGCCAACACCACUGUAUGCGGUGUAUGAACUUAAUGUUCGAUACCAGCCUUGUUGCCACUUUGCUUUCCAGGACGCCAGAAUCGACCACGAAUUCCAGUCAGAAAUUCAGCUGAUUUACGAUACAUACAUUCUUCCAACGAGGCGCAAAAUAGAUGAUGGCUGGUACGAGGAACCAUCCUUACUCGCCAUUCGAGCAGAACUGACCAAAACCAGCAGAACGAAGAUUCCUCCUGCGGAUGUUACCGACGCCUCCUCGACGUGCACGGAAAAGAAAAGACAAUGUGUCCUAAAAUGGUCGAACUGUCACGAAGCAGAUGACCUGACCAUUGAAAGGACCAGUGCCGAUAGUCCCAUUGUCCCGCCGGAAGCGGGCGAAGAGUCCAGCCCAGUCACGGAGACGCCCCGACAAGUUGCCUUAAGACACCAAAAUCCUCCCAUCCCCGCCGGGGAUAGAAGGGAGAUCGUCAAAGUCACAGAAUCUCGCGCGCCAGAACAAGAACAGGCUCCGACAAAGAAGAGGGCAAAGAAAACGGUAAAGCAGGAGGCUGAGACCAUAGUCAAGAGUGUUGAGCGCGGGAUGGAUAAGAUUCGAAAACGACACCAGAAGGCAGAAAAGAGACGACUGAAUGCAGAAAAGAGACAGCGGAAACAAUCGAAAUCUUCUACCUUGAACAUUAUGGAUGCCCCCCUCUCCGACGAUACCCUGCCAAUAAUCCGCUACAAGAGUCUGGAGGAUGUCGAAAAGUUCCAAAACUCGGACCAGAGCGUCAGGCUCAAACAACUACGUGCAUUGGAGCAACGUUUCGUCGCAUAUUCGCAGAAGGUGACCAAACGCGACUCCUGGAAUUUUUGGUAUUGCGCCGCAAGUUUUAGUUAUAUCCGUUAUACCUACGGAGGUAAACUGGAACGAAGGGCGAAGGCAGUACGCGUGAUCAACAAGGUUUUCCAUCAACUAUGGUUGCGCGAUGGGCCUGCUGCGCUUAUGUUCUUUAUUGCUCUUGCCGGUAAGCAGAAUGAUAAUCCGGGACGCAAGGCUGUGAGACUGACCGGCACAGAGAGGAAGAACACAAUGUGUAUAGCUUCAAGAUUGUCCGACCAGGACCAAGACGAACUUGGGAGACACAUCAUAGAGGGUCUGGCUGGGAAACUAGAGGAUCCUCCCCUGCAAUAUGAAAUACCCGUUCCAGCUCUAUGGGUUGGCGUUUUGUUGGGGAUCACCUUCCAGGAAGCCUGUACGGCGCUUGAGAUGAAGGCAUUCGGCACGCUCGAGCUCCAGUCGGACUGGGAGGUGUGCCAGGAUGGCCUGUAUGAGCCAAGUAGUUACUGGCAACACUACCGCUACUUGAGAGCACGAUCGGGAUUCAUUGAAGAGAUGGAAGUUUCGGAUGAUGCUGCGGCACCACAAGCGAAGCGUCUUUGUCUAGAGGAGAACAACCAAGAUGCUGAAUCUGCUCAUGAUCACGACAAUCGAGAUAGCGCAAAUCUCUUAAUUGUCAGCCCGGACGAAGAGGCGUCUCUGGCGCGUCCUCUGCCCUGUACAUCGCACGACGAAGAUGGAGCCUCCGACUCGGCAAAUUCCACGCGCAGUCUUGACGAUAUUAUUGAGAUCGAUCGCACGGCAUCAGCUGGACAUGAGGACACUCAUCACCAGCCCAAGCGUCGCCGCCUAGAUGGCGUAGCGCCGGUUGCAUUCGACGAGCAGAUUCCCGACACGAAUUCAGGUCUCAGGCUCAUCCAACCCCAGUCGGGCAAUUCGAUGGAUUUCAACAACUUCACGCAAAACGACGUAAUCUCGGAGACACAGUCAGCGCAACACCCAUCGAAUACACACCACGAGGGCUCUCCCUUGGAUACCAACUCGAACGAGAGCAACAAGUCUCCAGACGUGCAUAUGGACGGAGUCACUAUGGAGGUCAUUGAAGAUCACAGACUCCAUGAUGGCAGUCGAGAUGAACAUUGCUCCGGAAACGACGUCGCUAGGAUGCCCAUGAACUUUGCAUCUGAACAAGGAAGCUUAGACGUACAUUUGCAUCAAAACGGUAAUACGGCAUCUUCCAAUGUCCCUCCUGAUCAAUUUACAAGCAACAUGACGGAGGUAUCUGUCGACAAAACUACCCUACCUGAGCGAUCAAAUGGCUUCCCUUGUCGAGUGGGUGAGGAAGCGCCUCGAAAUCAAAUUCCACCUUCAACAGAGGUAGUUGAGUCUUCUAACAUUCAUGGUCGAGAGGCCGAGGCCGGGGAGCAGAUAGCCGGGACUGCAUGGACCUCUUCAAAUGAGACAACUACCAAUGGACGCGAAGACAGCGAAUCUGAGCCCGAAGAGGUGCGACGUAAACGGCGGCGUGUGGAUGACGCCUGCACAGAUGCCUUCGCUGACAGCGAGGAUGUUAAUCCUGGAACGAGUGUCCCUGACGACAUGUUUCCCCGUGUUGCAGACAAUUUUCCGAAUGACGGCUUUGCCUCCGACGACUUCAAUCCGCAUAUGGAGAUGCAUAACAGCUCUGGUCUGUCAGGGCUCGAUGAUUUCAUGCUCGAUUACCCCCUCGAUCAGUUGUGGAAUUUUGAUCAAAACACUAUGAGCCCGGGAUACAUUGACGCGUUGAACUCUAUGGUGUUGCCUGAACUUUGA